AAAUAAUAAAGAAUACUUUCUUCUUUGUUUACUUUGUUUUACUUUCUUCCUGUGCUCGGCUCUUAACCUAUACAAGGUAAAAGCUUAACUGUAAACGACUUGCCUAUGGAGUCAUGACCUUCCCCUUCGGAACGAAGGUCAAGCUCAACCAACUCAGGACUUCCUCGUUAGGUAAGUUACGAGUGGAGUAUAAGAAGGCACGUAAAGAAGCUAAGUUAGAGGUUACAAGGGCAAAGAAUGCCGCUUUUGAACGCCUCUACAAGGAUAUUGAGGAGAAAGGCGGUGUUAAUACACUGUUCCGGCUUGCUAAAGUGCGUGAGAGGAAGGCCCAAGAUCUGGACCACGUGCGUUGCGUGAAGGACAGUGAUGGUAGAGUGUUACUUGAGACUGCCAAGGUGGCUAAGCGCUGGGGGGAGUACUUUUGUGAACUCUUAAAUGCGGGAGGAGAGCAGAGGCUAGUUCUUAAUGAGCUGGGGCAGUCCAGAGUGUCUCGUGUAUAUUGCCGGCGCAUUUGCCUGGAAGAGGUGGUUCGGGCUCUCCGCGGGAUGCGUAGUGGGAGAGCUUUGGGACCAGAUGAGAUUCCGGUGGAGUUUUGGAAGAAUGCGGGUCGUGGUGCGUGGGUUUGGUUAACCAAACUCUUCAAUGUCAUCUUCCGGACAGCAAGGAUGCCGGAUGAGUGGAGGGAGAGUCUCUUGGUCCCCCUGUUUAAAGGCAAAGGUGACAUCCAGAGCUGCGAGAAUUACAGAGGCAUCAAACUACUUAGCCACACCAUGAAGGUAUGGGAGCGAGUCAUUGAGUAUAGGGUGCGGAAAGGAGUAUGCAUCUCUGAGAACCAGUUUGGUUUCAUGCCUGGCAGAUCGACUACAGAGGCCAUUCACCUCGUGAGGAGGUUAGUGGAAGAGUAUAGGGCUAGGAAGAAGGACCUUCAUAUGGUGUUCAUUGAUCUCGAGAAGGCGUACGAUAGGGUGCCAAGGGAGGUCUUAUGGAGGUGCCUUGAGACGAGAGGAGUUCCCAUCGCGUACACUCGCGCGAUCAAGGAUAUGUACGAUGGGGCUAUGACUAGGGUAAGGACCUUCGGGGGCGACUCCGAGUCAUUAUCGGUAGGGAUGGGGUUGCACCAGGGGUCUGCCCUUAGCCCUUUUUUGUUCGCUUUGGUGAUGGACGUCCUAACUCAAGGUGUGCAAGAAGGGGUCCCAUGGUGCAUGCUUUUCACGGAUGAUAUUGUGCUUAUCGACGAUACACGUGAGGGACUAAACGAUAAGUUGGAACGAUGGCGCCUUGCCCUUGAGACUAAAGACAGGUUUCGGUAUCUUGGCUCGGUAAUCCUGGCUGAUGGGGAGUUAGACGGGGAUGUUGGACAUCGUGUUGGAGUGGCUUGGGCCAAAUGGCGGUUGGCUUCAGGGGUAUUGUGUGACCCGAAGAUUUCGCCCAAGAUGAAAGGCAAGUUCUACCGAUCCAUAGUCAGACCUGCUAUGUUAUAUGGGGCAGAGUGUUGGGCGGUUAAGAAGACUCAUGUGCGUCGUCUGCAAGCGGCGGAGAUGCGGAUGUUACGAUGGAUGUGUGAGAAGACAAGGUUGGAUAGGAUUUCGAACGAAGUUAUUCGACGUCAGGUAGGCAUGGCGCCGGUGGAAGAUAAAUUGCGGGAAGCGAGGUUGAGAUGGUUUGGUCAUGUGAGACGACGGGAUGCUGACGCCCCUGUACGGAGAUGUGAGCGGAUUACGGUUAUCGGGGGAAGUAGGGGAAGGGGUAGACCUAAGAAGAAUUGGAAGGAGGUGAUUAGACAUGAUUUAGGACUUCUCACCCUGACUGAGGAUAUGGCUUUAGAUAGGAACCUUUGGAGAACUAGGAUUAGAGUAGCUGGUUAGGAACUCGGUGCUACAGAGGUUUUU